GUUACCGUUUUCAUCUUCGCUCAGGUAAUCUGUAAGGUGGUAUCUGCCGCGUCAUCUGAGGAACAAAUACAGACGAUAAUCUGUCCCACAAAGAUAUCCAAAACAUACAAGGGAUUAUUUGCAAACUGUAGGGGUCUGAACUUGACGACCGUUCCUGACCUAGAAGGUAACAUAACAGCACUAGAUCUCAGUGAGAACCGGAUAAAUCUAACUCGAAGUGACUUUACCAGCUACAAUGAGAACAUGAUACUGGAAGGGUCUGUUACUGGACUGAACAAUCUUACAGCACUGAGACUAGAACACAAUGGAAAUAUGUCACUUUCAGAAUCUUUUUUUGAUAAUUUCCCAAGUCUGAAAAACCUCAACAUGAUUGGAGUGCGUCUUCCAAAACAGUAUUUCCAAAACGAGUCGAUUCGGUUAUUUAGAAACCUGACAAAGCUGGAAAACCUCGACCUCUCCUCCAGCGACCUGUUCCAUUUACCAAAACACUCGUUUCUCCACAGCCGCUUUCUCAAGAACCUCUUACUGUCACACAACUUUCAGAAUAUUGACGAAGAAGCAUUAUGGCACGAGUGUACAGGAAAACCAGCGUUUUACAUCGUGUCGUCCAUGUUUGCAUUGCUCAUCUCUGCAGCUCUGUUUUCCUUUCUUGUUGUGAAGCAUAAGACUCAGAUUGUUGUGUUUUUCCACAGACUGUUUCGCGGGGUCGCUGGACUCCCAACAAGAGAAGACUUCAGGUAUGAUGGUUUUACUGGAUACGCUGAUAGAGACUUUUACCUCCAAGAUCGCGACAGUGAGUUGGGCGGUUCGAGAGCCAUCUCCAUUCUAGAUGGAGUCCGAAACAGCUGGAAGAUGGUCCUGGUUAUGUCACAGAACUUCGUCACUGACGAAUGGUCUAUAUACACGAUGCAUGCCGUAGCUCUGUACGCUGCCACUGGUCGCAUACCAAAGAGGCUGGUCAUUCUCCUGGACCGAGCGAAUCCGUGUGAGGUUCCAGACACCCUCCUGUGCAUUGCAGAUGAAGACACGAUUCUGCCAAUCCCACGUCCUAAUGAUGACGAUUCUUGGGAACACUUAAGGCGUCUUCUGAAGUGAUUUUCAUGAACUUCAAUUCCCUCAAGUCUCGAGUGGCCGAUGUAUAAUGCAGUGGUAGAACACUCGAGUGAAAUCAUACGAGUCUAGGGAUAAAUGUGAUUGAUAAACGAUUUUCUACUAGUGCUUUAUAUUUGUAUCAAAUACUGUGGCGUGUAUUGUC